GAAGGCAGAGCCACAGUCAGAGCUGGUCAGAGCUGAAUACACUGCAGUUGCUGGCCCAAAACUGAGAAAUAACAGCUUUAAAUCAGCUAGAAAACGCUUAAAACCCCUCAGCAGCUCACUUCAGUUCACUAAUCAGAGCUGUAAAGAGCUGAUUUGACUUUCAGAGAGGUGAAGAAGAAAGAUUAGAGAGACAGAGGAGGGCGUGACAGGGAGACAGCCGAGCAGGCAAGCUGCUGCUGCAAGGGGAGGAAGAACAGGCUAUGCAUCAGCCAAAGCCAGAGGUCAAGAAAAAAAGCGAAAGAAUAGUGAAAAGGUAGACUCUGAGUGAGAGGGGGGGUCAUUUGUGAUCUGAGCCAGAAAAACAGAAUUCCAGCCUCUCUUUGUUGUUGUGUGGGCCACCAAGCAGGGAGGAGGAUGUGAAGGAGAGCAGCAGGGAGGAAGGGAGGCGACUGCAAGAAAGACAAGAAAAUGCUCUCAGAGAUGAUGUGCAGGAGGAGCUGCCAGCAGCAGCAGCAGCAGCAGCAGCAGGAUGGAAAAGGGGCACCGCAGAGGGACCCUUCCAGCCGCAGGAAGCACGGCUGGUCCAAGAGCUGCAGGGGGCGCCUGCAGGGGCGGAGGACAGGAGGGGGAGGGUGGCCGAGAGGGCGCAAUCACCACCACCAACACCCUCAACGUCAUCAUCCUCAUUACAAUCAUCCCCGACACCUCCAGAGGUCAGUGAUGGCCCUCCGGCCCAUUAACGUUAAAGGAAACAGAGCGAGGGGCAUGCGGGCCCCCAAGAACACCAACCAGUUUCUGAUGCACGAGAAGUACCAGAUGCUGCAUAUGCGCUCAGACUCAGUGGGGAGCGACAGCGGCAGCAGCUCCGACAGUGACGUGGAGCUCACAGACAUGGACUCAUACCUGGGCGUCCUGGAGAAUGCCAGAGGAGCCCUAUUGGACAGUCCCAACCCACACAGCUCAACGACACCACCAGGACAGAUCCUGGUACUGCACGAGGACAGUCUGCGUCUGCAGGAGGAGAGCAUGCAGUAUUUCCCCUCUGAAGAUGACCUAAUGCAGAGCCAGAAUUUCAUGCAGAAGGACUUUGUUGAGUUCUGUGACAUCCUGACGUCCUGAAGGGAAACUUUCAGGGAGCCAUUUUGUUCUCAGCAGUGUGAAUUUCAAACCUCAGACUGGACGGGGUCAGGUUUGUUCUGCUUCAUGUUCACAGAACAUUUUAAGAAAUCUACAUCUUAUAAAGUCAUUUAGCCUUAAAAUGUUAAGAAACUGCUCGCAGGGUGACGUGAUUCCACCAGUUUCCAUCAGAAAUCAACUUUUUCAAAAUAUUUUUUAAAUAUAAGUGUUGUUUUCUUAAUACUCGUGCAGUUAUCUACCUUACUUUGUCUGUUUUCAAGAUACUGCCACUGAAAACAAGGGGAACCUCACUGAGAAAAAGUGAAAUCAUCUCACCCUGUGGGUAUUUUUCUAGGUUUAAGAAAAAAACUAAAUGCAAGAUUAAAUGACAUUAUUAAGACAGAUGUUUUUUACAGUUCAUGUUUGGUCAUGUAUAGUGUGUGUCCGGAUGCUGUAAAGUGCUGCCUUUCUGUUGUUGUUGCACACAAAGGGAGAUGGGCUGGGUGGUGGGAGUGAGCCCAAACAGCCAAUCGCCAUCACGCUGGCUGGAUUAGGCUGCAGGUGAUUGGCUGAUGCAGAGUGUCAUUAACAAAUAAGCCCUUUACUGUUCAGAAAAAAAAUGAAAAAAAACACAAAUAAAAAUCUGAUUGGUGUAAUGUGGGCUGAUUGAUUUUCUUUGUGGAUAUAAGUGAGUGUGAGUGAGUUUUUCCGAAAGUGUAAAGUGAGUUAUCAGGUCAAGUGUGUCACUGAGUCAUCAGGGUAAGCUCACAGUGAAUAAUGCAAAGUUAAAUCAUGUAAAAAUAAAUACUCACAUGACAAUAUGUGGGAGGAGCAGCAACAGGAACAGAGACAAGCAGUAAAGAAAAGCGUAUUCAAGAAAUCUAACAUUGCAGGUGCAGAAAUAAGCUUUUAAACACUUUUUUGGGUUGCAUGAUGGAUAAAUUAAUAGAUAAUGUUCAUUUGAUUUGAUUUUAAUCUUCCAUAAACCAACAUACACAUAAAAAAGAAGAGAGAAAAACAAAAAAGGUUCAAUCCAACUUGGAAUAAUCAAAAAUGUUACAUAUCAAGCAAUAUGUAGCAGCUUAGAAAGUCCAUGGUAUUAUAAAUAGUCAAUUCUUGAAUGUAUCAUGGCCAUACAUAACAUUUUCUUGUAACUAGCAUUAAGAAAAGUUUUAUUUGUCUAUUCAGAAAUUUUAGACAGGCGUUAAAGCAGGAAGGAGGGAGAAACACUGUGUUCCUGCAUACAGAGCAGUUGAAGUGGAUUACAUAAAGUGGAGUGGGCUGGUUACACCCACUUAGGACGGGCAGGGAGGUGUAAGCCUCUUUGUGUUUGUGUGUCAUAAACUAAUAAUGGUAACAGGUCAAAGUGUGAGGAACAGGCAGGUUAUAGAUGGUUUUAUAUCUGAUUUAUAAGAUCUAUUGUUCUGCCCUUCAAAGUGAGAAAGCAGUGACUACAGAAACAGUGAAAAUGAGAAAAAAAGUGUUUAAAGAUUUCAAGCUGGCUGAUAAACAGUAUGAUAGAGAUACAUGUUGUAAUGUUGUCAUUUUAUGCCUUUUUAGUCUGAUUAUUUUACCCCACAAAAAAAGUCAGUGGGAUAGACUGAACAUAAUGCAAACACUGUACUCAGGGAAUGUGAGGGGAAAAUACAGCAUCUACAAACAAAAUGUUCUUGUUCUUUCAACUUUCUUGUCCUUUUGAACUAGAAUAAGACAAUACAUUUUAUUUUGAUUAUUUGAAUCAAUAUAAUACAUUAAUGAGCCAUGUAAUACAUUCAGAUAUGUGAUACAGAGUUAGCUGAACCACACCAAAUCACAUGAAUUCCACUCAGGCUGAGAUGGCAGUUACUGCUGCUCUGCUAAGCUAGGCUAGUUACCCUUUAGCAGGACUAGCUAAUUGUUUUCUCCAUUUUGACUGGAGUUAGCUAUACUGUCUCAUUUAGUAAUGUGGGAUAACAACCUGAAUGACCAAGAUCGUUGUUUCUUGAAGUACACAUUUAUUUGGCAUAAUCAUUUCUUAUGGUAAAACAGAUCUUAACUCAACUUUCAUCAAAUAUUUACUUACUGUGUUUGUCUUUGUAGGGCAGAAUUUAUUGUACGUGUGUGUUAUAAUUGGACAGUUGAGCAGGUUUCAUUUCAGUUUUCAUCCUCUUCUAAACCAGAUUUAGACUGACGUAAAAGGAUUUACAGUGUACAAUAAUACUUAAUUUUGAAAGUGUGAAAAGCUUUUUAAGGUUUGAAAGUAACAACAAAAAAAAAAACAGGCCUGGAAUAACCAGCUUGGGAGCCCCGAGGGGAAAAACUGAGCUGCAUGGGGCCCUUUAUUCUUCUGUUUCUCCAAAUCUCUAUGUAAUGUGUAUGUACAAUAUACAUCCUGUAUGCACAAUAUAACCUGGAAUAAUCAAGGCAUUAAAGUUGAUUGUAAUUUGAGGCACUACAAGACAAAAGUCAAAACUAUAAACUGGAAAUAAAAUACAGCCUUUUUCACACAC